AUGUCUCUCAAGCUGGCUCUCGGAGCCGCGAUUGCCGCACUGGCAGCUCCACCAGUCUCUGCUGCGCCGGCGUCAGAGCCAGGCUUUUCUGCCAAGAUUGUGGGAGGAGAUGCUGCUCCCGAAGGGGCCCAUCCAUACAUUGUUUCGAUUACCAGCAGCGGACGCCAUUUCUGUGGUGGUUCUCUCUUGAAUGAAGACACCGUCCUGACGGCUAGUCACUGCUUUGCGAACCCGCCCCCCAAUGUUGCCAUCCGUGCUGGAACAAAUGAUCGCACCACUGGCGGCGUUGAAUCCCAGGUAGUUAAAUCAACAACCCACCCCGGCUUUACCCUGCAGACCCUCGACAAUGACGUUGCUAUCUUGAAACUAUCAACGCCGAUUAAAGAGAGUGAGAGGAUAAAGUUCGUCAAGCUGCCGCAGGCGGGCUCCGAUCCCCAGCAGGGCCAGGUAACCGUGGCGGGAUGGGGAUUUUUGCAAGAAGCUAAAGAUCCAAACAACCCACCUCCAGCCCCUGAGAAGUUGCAGCAGCUCACCAUGCCUUUGGUGAGCCGCCAACAGUGCCAGCAGCAGAUGUCCCGAUUUCCAGACGCGCCGCGAAUCACUGAAAACAUGGUUUGUGCGGGCGAAUUCGGCCGGGACUCGUGCCAGGGAGAUAGUGGCGGACCACUUGUCGAUGCUCAGACCGGAGUCAUUCGAGGUGUCGUUUCAUUUGGCAUUGGCUGUGGCAGCCAGGAAGCGCCUGGUGUUUAUGCCCGCGUGGAUAACCAGCUUGACUUUAUUCAAAAGCUAGCUGGCAAGCUUCCCGGUGAAUCGGGUGGCGAGAACCCUACUCAACCUGGUCAACCUGGCCAGCCUGGUCAACCUCCUCAACCUGGUCAACCUACUCAGCCCGGCCAGCCCGGCCAACCUGGAAAACCAACUCAGCCUGGUCAACCUACUCAGCCGGGUCAGCCUGGUCAACCUACUCAGCCGGGUCAGCCCGGUCAACCCGGUCAGCCCGGUCAGCCCGGAGGCCCGGGAGGAAGCUCUGAUGGAGCAGGCCGCCCAACUACUCCCGGUGAGGAUGGUGGAGCAGGUAUUCCCGGUCAGGACGGAGCAGGCAGCCCGAGCUUUCCGAGCUUUCCAGGCCUUCCGGGUCAAGGUGGAUCAAACCGCCCAGUGUUCACAGGGUUUCCAGGCCUUCCGGGUCAAGGUGGAUCAAACCGCCCAGUGUUCACAGGGUUUCCAGGCCAAGGCGCAGGAGGCAGCCCAGGGUUAUUUGAAUUUCUAGGUUCCCAGGGCGGGGGAGUAGUUCGCCGGGACUCUCAGGUUACUAAGGACAUUCCCGUUGAUUGGAAUUAA